GGAGGCGGGGGGCGGCGGCUGCAGCAGAGGGGCCGAGAGCUGGCGGCGGCGGCGGUGGUCGUGAAGGGCACCGGCGGCGGCGGUGAUGGCAGAGCUGAUCUGAAGAUGGAAAGAGCCAGGCGAAGGGGAGGCGGCGGCGGCGGCCGCGGCCGCGGAGGCAAGAAUGUAGGGGGCUCUGGCCUAAGCAAGAGUAGACUCUAUCCCCAGGCCCAGCACUCCCAUUACCCCCACUACGGGGCUUCAGCCACCCCUAGUCAGGCCGGAGGCGCAGCCGAAAUCCAGGAGCUAGCCUCCAAGCGAGUGGACAUCCAGAAAAAGAGGUUUUACCUGGACGUAAAGCAAAGCUCCCGGGGCCGAUUUCUAAAGAUAGCCGAAGUCUGGAUAGGGAGAGGCCGGCAGGACAAUAUCCGAAAGAGUAAACUGACCCUCUCCCUGUCGGUGGCGGCGGAGCUGAAGGACUGUCUAGGGGACUUCAUUGAGCACUACGCCCACCUGGGCCUGAAAGGCCACCGGCAGGAGCAUGGUCACAGCAAAGAGCAAGGCUCCAGGAGACGACAGAAGGACGCGGCACCCUCCCCACCUGUCUCGGUGGGGUCCGAAGAACACCCUCACAGUGUCCUCAAAACGGACUAUAUAGAAAGGGACAAUAGGAAAUACUAUCUAGACCUGAAGGAAAAUCAGCGGGGUCGCUUCCUGAGGAUUAGACAAACCAUGAUGCGUGGCACUGGCAUGAUAGGGUAUUUUGGCCACACUUUAGGCCAGGAACAGACCAUUGUCCUCCCAGCACAAGGCAUGAUUGAGUUUCGUGAUGCCUUGGUUCAGCUAAUUGAAGACUAUGGCGAAGGGGACAUAGAAGAAGCAAGAGGUGGGGACGGCGACCCCGUUGAGCUCCCAGAGGGGACUUCUUUCAGAGUGGACAAUAAAAGGUUCUACUUUGAUGUGGGCUCUAAUAAAUAUGGCAUUUUCCUGAAGGUAAGUGAGGUGAGGCCACCUUACCGUAAUACUAUUACUGUUCCAUUCAAAGCGUGGACAAGGUUUGGGGAAAAUUUUAUCAAGUAUGAAGAAGAGAUGAGAAAAAUUUGCAACAGCCAUAAAGAAAAGAGAAUGGAUGGCAGAAGGGCCAGUGGUGAAGAACAAGAAUGCCUCGACUAGAGUGAAUUUGAACUCCAUCAGGCAAAAUUUAAAAUCAUAAAUUGGCUAGAAGUACUGGUCCAUAAUCAUUUGAAGAAGUUUUUCCUCUUUUUUGGCCCUUUGUUGUUAGUAAUACCUCUAGUAGUUUAUACUUCGAGGAGUCAGAUUCCGAUGUUAUGUUAUACAUAGAUCACUAUAAUUCUUAGGGGAAUUCUACCAUUCCCAGAGCUAAAUAGUUUAGCUGCUUCAACUGCUCCAGACUAUUGAAGUAUGAAAAUCAGCACAAAAUAUGACAUCUGACCUUUUAAAUACUAUAACUGAGAAUUACAUUGCACUACAACAUAAUCCUGAGAAAAGAUACAUACUUAGUAGUGGCAGUGUGAAUUUCUAUUUCACAAGUUCCCAAAACAGAAUUCCAUUCCAACUUCAUUAAAAACUUCUAAUCUUAACUGUAGGGCAGUUACCACAGAAACAGAAAUUGACCUUAAGCAUAAUAUAAAUAUAUUUAUAAAUCUAUAAAUAGAUCUUAAUUGCCCAUUGGAUAACUGAAUAUUAAAUAGUACAAUAAAAGGAUCAAAUCUUACUAGCUUAUUAAACCAUAAAAAUACAGUGUUAUAUUAAGAGCUACUAUAGUAUUCUAUAAUUUCUAAUUUUGUGGUAACCCUACAGUUUAUAAUUGCCAUAUCAAAGCCAUGCAAGAGUUUUAAUUGGUUAUUCUUAGUUACAAGUCUUUCUUCACCUCUACUUAUUGUACCUUAUUUUUUAUUGACAUCUCAAAGUUUCAGGAAUUACUUUUAUGUCACUGCUGAGUGGGAGGCUUCAUCCUAUGACUUUGCUGUGGAAAUCUUGGUGUUCUAGUUUUUGUGCUAAUUUGGAGGUUUUGAAAGUUUGUUUUGUUUUCCCCAAAAUGUAUCAUGGACUCAAGGUGUUAU